AUGCCACUCAAGCACCGCGCUGAGGUGCAGGACUGGAACUCUGGAGGUGCGGUGGGUAGGCCGCGAGCCGCGAUAUCAUAUUUCGUGGACGACGCUACCGACAAGGUGAGCAGCGCUACCGACAAGGUGAGCAGAGCGACCGACAAGGUGAGCGACGCCACCGACGAGGCGAGCAUCGCCACCGACAAGGUGAGCGACGCCACCGGCGAGAUCGGCAUCGAGACCCACAGGGUCUACAACUACCUCAGCGAGGACAUCAAUAUCAUCCACUUCAAAGGCUCUACGGCAGUGGAUCAAGCUGGACUCAAUAUCAACGCGGCUGGCAAGAGCUAUUUGUGGCUGCAGGGACGCGACUCAUCGGCAAAACGCAUUGACGACAUCAAGCUCGAGAUCGACGGCGACCUCCGGAGAUAUAAUCCUUUCAAAGCUAUCAUGGCACGUCUUGCCAAACAGUCUCUGGCCCAGAACAAUCCUGAGCAAUGCGAAGGCUAUUGGAUCGACUCAGACGAUGAGAAUUAUUGGGAAUACUACGGAUACUACGACGAUUACGGCCAGUGGCAUGAUUAUGAUGAUGAAGACGACUGGUGGGACUACUCACAUGAUCAAGAGUACGACGACAACGGCUAUUCACCACCGGCGUUGAAUUCGGACGAAGCGCACAAAGGAUCCGGCAAGGGUAAGAAAAACAAUCCAGGUAAUCGCAGUAAGUGUGUAUCACGCCGGCACAAGACGGAGGAUUGCCCGGCUGGUUCCAAGAAGAAGACGAACAACAAAGGCGACAACAACGGCAAAGGUAAGGGCCGAUCCGACUCGAACAGCGGCAACAACGGCGAGAACAAUGGAACAGGUAAGUACCGCAGUGGCAAGUGUCGCGGCAAAAGCAAAGGGCGAGGAAAAGGUUCUAUCGAGGACGAGGCAAAGGUAAGAGUAAGAAGAGCAAGGGUCACAACGGCGAGUACGAGGAAUAUGAUUACGACGAUGAAUGGCACAGCACUCAUGGCAGUUGGUAUUCAAAAGGAAUUACGGAUAAUAAGGACACGCCGUGGACAGCCUUGA